GUAUGCGCAGUAGGGCUGCGCAGAAGUGCAUCCAGCCUGUUGUGUUCCAGCAGUUUCUUCUUCUUUCUCCGACGCACAGCACAACAAUUUCAAUGAUGUCUAGCAAGGUCGCCGUGGUGACAGGGGGCAACAAAGGCAUCGGCUUGGCCAUCGUGCGGGCGCUCUGCGAGCGGUUCCGCGGCGACGUCUACCUCACCGCCAGAGACGAGGGGCGUGGCCGGGAGGCCGUGGCGUCCUUGAGCGCCGAGGGUCUGAAGGUCGACUUCCAUCGGCUGGACGUCACCGACGUCGCCAGUGUCGCGGUGGCGGCCGACUUCUUCAAACGCAAGUACGGCGGCGUGGACGUGCUCGUCAAUAACGCCGGCAUCGCUUUUAAAGUGGCCGACACGACUGCGUUCGCCACGCAGGCCGAGGUGACGCUGCGGACCAACUACUUCGGCACGCGGGACGUGCUGACCCACUUCCUGCCGCUCGUCAAAGCUGGAGGCCGCGUGGUGAACGUGUCGAGCUUCGUGAGCGUGCGCAGCCUCAACAAGUGCGGCGCGCGGCUGCGGGAGCGUUUCCGCAGCGACGACAUCGGCGAGGACGAGCUGACGGCGCUCAUGGAACGCUUCGUGGAGCUCGCCGGGAAGGGCGAGCACGAGCGGGAGGGCUGGCCCCAGACGGCCUACGGGGUCUCCAAGAUCGGCGUGACGACGCUGUCCAUGAUCCACGCGAGGCGUCUGUCCGAGGAGAGGCCGGACGAUCAGAUCCUGGUGAACGCGUGCUGUCCCGGCUGGGUGCGCACCGACAUGGCGGGCCCCGAAGCCCCCAAGUCUCCGGAGGACGGCGCCGUCACGCCCGUCUUCUUGGCUCUGCUUCCCGCCGGCGCUUCGGAGCCUCACGGCAAGUUCGUGUCGGACGAAACGGUGCAGACCUGGUGAAGGCCCUCGUGUCAACUUUUCCAACAAUGUUUGGGCAUACGAAUCAAUAAAGAGAAAUCUGAGUGACUCGAGAA